UACUUUGCUUUUAAUCUGAAGUGAUUCUAGCUUGUUCCUUUUUAAACGUUUUUAGAAGUAGUUCGAGGAUUAGUGUAGUUUAGCCAUGGCUAUUAGAUGGACUCAGGAGGUUGAAGGAGGCCCACGCCGUGUAAAUCAUGCAGCAGUAUCCAUUCGAAAUCGGUUCAUAUUUAGUUUUGGUGGUUAUUGUACGGGCGAGGAAUACAACCAAAUUGUUAAUAUAGAUGUGCAUGUUUUUGAUACAGGUAAGUUUGUUGAAUUUGAGGUUAACAUUGCACGGCUUUGGUUCAUUGUGGAGUUCAGCGCGUCAAAAAUCGAGAUUCGAACGUGCGUGCUUUUCGAAGAUUCAAAACUUGUCACCAGCAGGUAUUUUUUUUAAAAAAAACCUACCGGAAAUGCAUUGUUAGCAAUCUUUCUGCGUGGCUAAUAUUAGCAGUUUUCGUUUCGCUACUGAGGUGAAUUCGUUUAUCAAUCUCGCAUAUGAAAUCGUGCAUUGAUUCAAAAAUAAGUGGUGUCCUUUAAACUUUUAACGUUUGAAAAGCAAUUGAGUUCGACAGCAGAGCCAAGUUGUUUACGUGCGCAUUUUAAUUUACAGCAUUCGCCAUGAAUUAAUAAUAUGGUCACAAGUUUGUGGCUUGAAUGUUGUUAUUUUUGUGCUAAAAAUAUGAUGUUCCUUCGUCGGAAUGAACGUGCAAAGGACAGAAGACCGCUUACUCUACUCAAGCGCAGAAAACAAGCUCUCUACAUCUGAGUAUAGUAUCCAGUUAGGGACGUUAAAUAUUUUAUCGUUGCGAAUUUGCAGCAGAGUUAGCUUGGGCUCCCUUCAUGAAGCAUCGAGGACCAAUACUAUAAUUACAUGAUAAUUUUCUCAACCGAAAGCUGUUCUUAAUAUUAUUACAAAGUUAAUUGUGAGUAUUUGGCACAGAGAUUUGAUUUUGAUUACAGACUUCGCACCAAUAAUGAAAAUAAAUUAUUGUGGAUAAAUUUGGGUUUUGACAUCCUUCUCCUUACAAAUUUGCCAUGACCAUACAUGAAUAUUUUCGUUUUUUUGUACUCUUGGGUGGGGAGAGCCACUAGAAUACAGUGUAAUGAUACCAGUCAGGAUUCAAAUCAGGUCUAAUUGUAAUCAGCUGAGAGUGAUGACACUGUGUACUUCCUUGUUACCUCUAUACCCUGAGUCCUAUUUCUGAAAAACCUUGGUAACGUAACUGGCCCAAAGGCAUAUUUUAAAAUCUAAAUUUAAAGAAGAGAGAAGCAGGUUAUGGAACCCUGAUAAGCCCAUUUUGCUUCUUUAGCUGAUAGUUAUAUUUUAUACAUGUAAUUUUCAAAACUUUUGAAAAUCCCAUUUUGAAUGAAACUGCACAGCAUGAAGGGUCGUUAAUUAUGUUCUUGGGACGUUCAAAAAACAAACCCGAGGGCUUGAUUUAACAUUUUUCAAGGUUGAGUUUGUUGUCAGGUUUUGUCCAUGCUGAUGUUUUUUUGCUUAAUGUUCACCAGUUGUCCUUCUUUCAUAUGGCUAACAACCCAAUUUCAAUCUUGAGACAUUGGAUGUAUAACUUCUCUGUGGUUGUCAUUGCUGAUUCUAAUUUGAUUUAACUAAGACAGUCCAAAGCUUUCCGUGGAACUUUAAACGGAUAGCUUUUUUUUUUUAAAACGGGUAAGCAAACCGUUUAAAUGUUUUUGCUAGAGCGUUGAACGGAUGCAAAUUUUUUUAAACGGAUGAGCAAACCGCUUAAAUGUUAAAAAGCAUUAAAUGGAAGCAAAUUUUUUGAAACGGAUGAGCAAACCGCUUAAACGUUUUGGCAAAAGCGUUAAAUGGAAGCGAAUUUUUUUAAACGGAUGAGCAAACCGCUUAAACGUUUUGGCAAAAGCGUUAAAUGGAAGCAAAUUUUUUUAAAUGGAUGAGCAAACUGCUUAAACGUUUUAGUUAAAGCAUUAAACGGAUGCAAAUUUUUUUAAAUGGAUAAGCAAACCAUUUAAACGCUUUCAUGAACCGUUUAAACGGAUGUAAACGGAUAGUAAACGGUUUUGCAGCUUAAACGGAAAAGCGUUAGUGUCCGUUUUCCCGUGGAGGGUCACAAGUUUUGUGUGACAAAAUAUUGUGUAGUGAUCACUCCAAGAGGGUAGCAAAGAGGGAAAAGGGAGGAGGGUCCUGAUUUUAGAUAAAUCCAUGCAUCAUGUUUAUAGAAGAAAACUCUCUCUUUUUGUACAAGGUUUUUAGAGAAAUCUUGAGGUUUUCACAAAAUGAAAGAAAAAAGUUCAGGGCUCAAUACCUCCCUGUUCUAAAUUGUAUUGAAAUUGUAUAGAGAAUUUAAGUAUUGAUCGUUCUUGAGAGUAGAAGCACUGAUAGACUGGUCAUGUUCCUUGCAGUUCAGUGCCGAUGGAUGAAGCCUCCUCCAGUAUCUUGUGAAUGUAAAGGAUGUGUUCCAUACAUGAGAUAUGGUCACAGUGCAUCAGCCAUGGGUGAUCUGGUUUAUAUAUUUGGCGGGAGAAAUGACACUCAUGGUGCCUGUAACAUACUGUACUGCUUUGACACAAGUGAGAUGAGUUAUUUGGUACUCCUUUUAUGUAAAUACCACAGAUUCUACUCCAUGUUAUGGAAUACACAGAUAUUUAAUAUUUAACCAAAUGAUUCUGUAUAUAAAGGGGGUAAGUUUCUAAACAAACUGUGGUGCUGCGUCAGUGAGAGAGUAUAGCAGGUAAUUUAGUGUUAACAACUGAGUUGAGAACGUAAAUUGGUCAUUGUAAAGGGUAAAAGAGCUGACACUUCGAGCAUUAGUCCUUCGUCAGAGUGAUCACCAUGGAUGCGAUUAAACUGAAAGCAAGUAAAGAGAAUUAUCUAACCUCAAAAUAGAACCAUGAAACUGAACAAAAUAAAAUGAACUUGCAAUCUGUGGCAUAUCCAUGUCAACAAAACUCUUAGACAAGAAGUAACCUAGAGAAAUUUUCAAAUCAGUAAAGCAAUCCUAUUUUUUUAAUUUUCAAGAAUUCCAGGUAGUUCUAGGUAGUAGUAAGAUGCACUGCUGGCUACUGCCUGAAAGGAGAAUUUAUUCAACAAUCAAGAGCAUCUUUAGUUGGUGAUCAUUUCCUUUAUUCUCUUAACCAUAAUGUUGGAUUCAUGGGUGAUAUUGCAGAGAGAAAUUAGAUACUAGGCCCUCUUGGGGGUCUUGGGGUCAAGCAACAACUGUUUUAAUGUUUUAUGAGCAAUCUUAAGAUAGUAUAGGACAGGAAGCCACUAAGUGGUAUAUAUGUUUUGUCUUUUUUUUCUAGGGAGUUUAACAUGGUCCAAACCUGAAGUAAAUGGAAAGCCCCCAGCUGCCCGUGAUGGCCACUCAGCUUGCGUUAUUGAAUCUAGGAUUUAUAUCUUUGGUGGAUAUGAAGAGGAGGUAAAACUAACAAAUUCUUGAUUGUUAUUUAAACAUGCAAAGUCUCAUUAUUAUAUUCAAGCAUACGUUAUCUAAUGAAGGGGACAAACUCGAACUUAUCAUCUUGAUCUGAAAUCAAAUUCUCAUAGCUGAUUUGCAAGGAAAUGUGAGGUAGCUAAAAGGGAGACUUGACAAUCAGAUCUUGGGAGUUAAAGGCCAAGAUAAACCUUUCUUCCCAAGAAUUACAUAUCAAUUCUCCUUUCUGUCUGCUAUGCAUUUCUCACAAGUAUUAUCUAUAUGCUGUCCCAUCAGUGCUUGAAUAAGGUCGCUAAUCAUGUUUGAGACUUUUGUUAUACUUUUGAUGGAAUUUUUACACCUUGAAGCAUAGUUGCAUUGUAAAUGCCUUGCUUUAUUUUCUGAUUAAUUUUUAGGGAGAGUGCUUUUCAAAUUCAAUUGAAUAUCUGGAUACACAAACAUUAACAUGGCACCAACCAAGAGUAACGGUAAGGUUUUAACCCUUACACGCCACCAGUAUGCAUAUUCUCCAUACUGUUCUCUAUACAUUUCCUAAGGGGCUGAUAAGGAGAAUUUGUCUAAUAAUCAAGAGCUCCUUUAUUUGGUGAUCAUUUCUUUUAUUCUCAUGACCUUAAUGUUUGAUUAAGAAGUGAUAUUGUGUGGAGAAAUUAGAAGCUGAUCAAAGGGGUUAAGGUGUGUAAAUGUAGCUUACUCUGUAACCCUCCUGGUUGCAAAAUUCUGUGGCCACUUUACAUUGUGUUUGCCCUGAAAAUUCUGCGUUUAAUGUUUCUACAAGUUGGUUUACAACUUUAUGGCUCCUUUGCCAACCAACUCCCAAGAAUUUGCCUGAUAUCACAAUAACCCUAGACAAAGCAAUUAAUAUAUUUGUCAAACUAUGGUGGUUUUCUUGUGAUGUUUGUGUUUUUGACUGCAGGGUGAACCAGCCAAGUGGAGAGACUUCCACUCAGCAACAGCUGUUGGUACAAACAUGUACAUCUUUGGAGGCAGAGGUAAGAUUGAUCACUGACAAAUCUAGGUAGGAAGAUCAAAUAUUUCCCUGCACUGGAACAGGAGGAUGUAGUUGGUUAGGGAUGCCCCUUAUUUCUGGGAUGAUUGAAAAAAAAAACCAAAAAAAACCAAAAAAACCAAAAAAAAAAAAAAAGCCAAGGAGUUCCUUAUAUUCCAGUCAUUGGCAUGAAGGGUUAAGUGGGAGGGAAGGUAAUCCUUCACCGCCCAACAACUGUUCAGCUUCCCCUGGAGCAUAGGCUAUUGAAGAUUUCUCCUUCUCCACCCCAACCUGUUUUGUGCAAGCUUUUCAUGUGUGAUCCAGGUGUAGCCCCAAUUCUUCAUAUCAGCCUGAUUGUCUUGCCGCCAGGUAGUUUUUGGGUGUCUUCUUUUUUGUUUGCCCUGGGAAUUCCCAUUUCAAGGCUAGAUUAGUAACACUGUCACACUUUGUCAAAAAAACCAAAACCAAUUAAUUAAAACUACCAAUCAUAACAAAGCAAAAACUUAACAUGAUCCUCAACCAAUGAGAACUGAAAGCAAAAACAGGCAGCCUGCUUGAAGAAGGGGAAAAUGCAAGUGACCAAGUUUGGGUUGGUUUAGUUUCAUAUUUGAUUGGCUGAGAUGUUGGUGCAAGUUUUAGACCAGUCACAGAACAAGGAAAGUAAUGCCAAUGCAGUCAUGGAUUACUUUUGAUACUCAUUCAAAAACUGCUCAAAUAGAAACUGUUGAAAAGAUAGAAAAGUGUAACCUUAGAAACAAACAUAUUGAAUAUUAAUUGUGUAGUGAGAAGAAUUAUUUCUCGAACAUAUUUACAUUGUAUUUAGGACAUAUAUGACCUUAGUUAUAUUCAAUUCAAUGUGCUAAAUCUCUUCUGAUUCAAUGAAGCAUUGUGAGUAGCAAGACCAUGGAAAAUAAAAAAGUUGCAUUUGAGUGCCUUGUAAAGGAUAUUAGUUUUUUUCUGGUGUUUCAUGUAACCAGAAACUAAAUAAAAAAUUAAUUUGUUUUGCUGUUUUCUUGUAGGAGAUAGACUUGGGCAAUACCAUUCUGGACAGGAAGUUUACUCCAGCUCAGUUAGAGUAUUUGAUACAGGUUUGUAUUGCAUGAGAAUUUAUCGCAUUUCUGCAGUUAUUGUUUAAUACAAGAAUGCUGCUUUUACAAAUAAACUGACCCUUGCAUUGUUCAUCAUACUUUUGUGAUUAAUUCCACCUGAAAAUUGAUGCAUGUUUUGCAGUUAAAAACUGUUGGUUCAAAUUAAAUACAUCUGGAAAUGUACCCAUUGGACGACGGAGUCACUCUGCAGGUUAGUCACUGUUUACUAAUGAACAUCAUGACAUAGCCGUGCAAUUUGGUAGUCUAAUUCAACUGUGUGAGUAUGCUUGAGCUUUACAUUUCCUUUGUGCACUCUGAUGUGGUGGGUAACUCAUAGCAGAGAGGAUUUCCCUUUCUGCAAGAGUAACUCAUCAACUCCCAGAAGUGAUAAACAUGUAAGUUCUCCCUAUAGUAUUCAUACAUUAUCUAGCAAACAGGUAAUGAGAAUACUAAAACUUAUCAGGUAGAAGUUAUCAUCUUGAUCAAAUACUAAAUUAUUUGUAGCAGCCAGAGGUAACAAUCAGAUCUUGGGAGUUUAACUGUGGGAAUGAAAAUGGCAUUCGACAACAGGUUCAUGUUUCUGUCCAUGUUCAUCAAGAUUUAAAGCAGAUGGGAAGUGUUCAGAGCUCUGAUGAAACUAAAGUUGUUUUCAGCUGCAUCUUGAGCAUUUCUUACACAUUUCUAGUGCUCCCCAAACUUGCUAUGUGUCUUAUAUCUUGUGCACACAGACUGAUGUAAAAAAAAAUUUGGUUUAUACAUCUACCAUAAAUAAUUUGUUGAUAGAAUUAAGUUGAAAAGUGUCAAGUGUCUUCCUUUCAUCUUUGUUUUUAACUCUGCAAGUAAAAUUUUUUUAAACAAUUUUAGCAACUUGAUCAAGGCAACCAAUGUAAUAAUGCUACUGAUUUUUUCAUUACAUGGUCCGAUUGGACAAAUCCAUAUACAUUUGAUAGUGACAUGCUCUCCACUUAGGUAAUUAACUUUUCACUUGUAAUUUCUUCACAGUUGCCUACGGCAAACAUGUCUAUGUUUUUGGUGGUUACAAUGGGAUUGAAAAGAAACAUUAUGGAGAAGUGUUUAGUUUAGACACAGGUACAAAAAGUUUGCACAAGUCAUUCUGUUUUAUAUUUUUUUGGGGCUACUUUUUUUGAGUCAUGCACUGCCCUGACCAGGGUAUGGUAUUACAACUGUACACAGCCUGAGAACAUCCAGAGAGUUGUUGAUUUUCCUUUUGAGAAUUGCAACUUAAUUGCCACAGUUUAUUUUACAACUGACCAACAAUUUUCAUUCCUUUUAGAUACCAAUGUUUGGACAAAACUGGACAUUUCAGGACAUGGGCCGUGUCCAAGAAGGAGACACUGCUGUUGUCUGAUAGGAACCAGGUUGAUGAUCUUUGGUGGAACAAGGUAUUUACAUUAUUAAGUAGCCCACUGUUGGUGAAGCAAAAGGGAACUGAACCAAAAUGUUUAUACAUGAAUUAACUACAGAUUUCAAACUUACAGCAGAAGUAGCAGUUUCAUUCAUAAAAACUGACUUAGUGUUGUGUUUUUUUUUUUUUUUUUUUAAUUUGUAGCCCUGCCGCAGGAGAACCUGCUGAUGAUGAAUACCACCUCCAGGAUCAUUCUGAUCUGUACAUCUUAGAUCUUGGUAAGUACACACUGCAGAGUAAUUUCUAUCUUCUCCUUUCCAAAGUGCACAGGGAAGGAACUUCAAACUACACCGAGAAGGUACUUCAAAAUGUAUAGGGACGGUGCUCCAAAGUGCACAGGGUCGGUACUCCAAAGUGCACAGGGUCGGUACUUCAAAGUGCACAGGGUCGGUACUCCAAAGUGCACAGGGUCGGUACUCCAAAGUGCGCAGGGACAGUACUCCAAAGUGCGCAGGGUCGGUAAUCUGGAAUCUAUGGGUUGGUAUUCCGGAGUGCUCGGGAAAAGUGAUGCAGAUUGCACAGGGAGGGUUAGGCAGAGUGCACAAGGAAGGUAAUCUCGAGAAGGCAGGUACAGAUGUUUAUCUUGAGUGCGCAGGAAGGGAAACCACGAGCGUACAGGGAGUGUAAUACUGAGGACACGAGAAGGGUAAUUCUGAAUGCACAGUUAAAUAGUAAUGAGCAAACUGUCCUGUUUAUCUCAAAGAAGGGUAAUCCCUAAGGAGCAAUUUCCUAACUCAGAGUUUGGUGUAUCUUGCUCACUUGUGGAAUAAGACAACCAAACCGCGUCUUAAGAUUUUUCAAAAUUUCGCUGCGAUAGGUAGCAUCGUUUAAAUUGCGUCAUAGACCGUAAUGAGUGACUGUCCUUAACUCCACAGAGCCGUCACUUCGGACAUUAUGCAAACUGGCUGUUAUUCAGUACAAACUGGACCAAACACCUCUCCCUAAAGUACUCAAGUAAGAGCAACGUAUAUACAUGAUUUCAUUGAGACAUAGUUUUGCGUAUAAUUCUUAGACUUUAGUUCAUGAGAUAAAAUGAGUUUACCGUGCCGUUGAUAAGGCGGGAAAAUGAGUCUUAUGUUCCCUUUCCGACACGCAAUGCGAACUUGUUUCGUGCGCUCGAAGUAGGUGAGAUCAUUGGGUCUUACCAACUGAGUUGAUAAAUUAUAAAUUGACCACCGUAAAGAGUUACUAAAGCUGACAUUUCGAGCGUUAGACUUUCUCCAGAGCAAAGGAGUAGGUGACUUAAGGUAAGAAGCGGAAAAGACGUGAAAGCAAGUAUCUAUAUUGGUCGGUUGCAUUCACCUCGAUAUUUCCAGCGAUAAAAUUUUUGGUCAAAAUGUGUGUAAUUUGUGGUUUUCCUAACUUCAGAACGGAGCUAAGUAUCAUGGAAGCCGGCAGAAGUUCUGUGCGAUCCUCACAAGGAUAG